AUGGAUAAUAUCCGAUUAUCAUCAGACAAACACAACAAUGGUAAUGAAAAGGAUGUCUACCAGACAACGUCGAGAGCAAACUCGUUUGAUGUAGAGGAGCCGCUUCAUCUGCAAUCUACGAAACGAGAUCUUAAAGCACGUCAUGCGCUCUUCAUUGCCUGGGGUGGCACCGUUGGGACUGGCCUUUUUAUCACCACUGGCAAGACUCUUGCCACUGGUGGACCAGCGUUCCUCGUCGGGAGCUAUGUCUUUAUAUCCAUCUUGGUGUACUUCAUUCUUACAAGUGUCAUUGAGAUGGCCACUUUCCUCCCCGUCCGUGGAGGUUCUAUGAGCCGGUAUGGCAGUCUCUUCGUCUCCAAGAGUCUCGGUUUUGCCAUGGGUUGGCUCUACGUUUACUCUUUCGCUAUCCUAGUUCCAUUUGAACUUACGGCAUGCGCUAUCCUCAUAGACUAUUGGCAACCGGGUAUCAACAGCGCAGUCUGGAUCACUAUUCUACUAGUCUUGCUGGUUGUCCUCAACCUUCUUCCAGUACGAUUCUACGGUGAAGCGGAAUUUAUUUUCACUGGUGUCAAACUGGCCACCAUCAUCGGCCUGCUUAUCCUUUCAUUUAUCUUGUUCUGGGGAGGAGGUCCUGACCGCAAAAGGCUCGGGUUCCACUAUUGGAAAGAUCCUGGUGCGGCAAACACAUUGAUCUUGGAAGGUGACGCUGGCAGACUUAUUGCCGCUAUCGCGACUGUCAUCAGCAGUCUCUUGCCAUUUACCCUUACACCAGAGAUGGUGGUUGGAACAGCAGCAGAGAUCAAAGACCCGAUGAGAAAUGUACCAAGAGUCGCGAAGCAUUUCACCUGGCGCCUGGUUGUUCUUUUUUUUGGCAGUGUCAUCGGUAUCUCGGUCAUCUGCCCUUCUAAUGCUUCCUCUCUGACCAGUGGUAGCGAUGCUGCAUCCUCGCCGUGGGUUGCGGGCAUCCGCCAAGCUGGGAUACCUGGCUUAGACAGCGUCAUAAACGCUGUAGCAUUGAUUGCAGCUUGGUCAACAGGUAAUGCGUUCCUUUACCUAUCAGGCCGAUGUCUUCACUCCAUGGCUAUGGAGGGUAGUGCGCCUCGAAUAUUCCAACGCUGCACUGCAAAAGGAGUGCCCAUAUAUGCUGUAGGAGCAACCUCCUGUGUCGCUCUCCUAGCAUACAUGACACUCAACUCUUCCUCGGCGACUGUCCUAAACUGGCUUUUGAACUUGGUUAACACUGGCGGGCUAUUGUCCUGGGUCUGCUGUUCCAUCACAUAUCUUCGCUUUCGAAAAGCGUGUGAGAUUCAGCGAGUUCCCAAGUCACAGCUCACGCAGAGGUCUCCGCUACAGCCGUACGCAUCUUGGAUUACGCUCGUUGUGUUCAGCAUCUUGACUCUUCUGAACGGUUUCACAGUAUUUUUCCCGUCCCAAUGGUCAACUGCUUCAUUCAUGUCAGCAUACAUUGGUUUGCCAGUGUUUUUGAUCUUAUAUUUCGGUCACAGAUUCGUGUAUCGCAAAGAUGCUUGGGCCAUUCCGCCAGAGUUUGUGGACCUACGGCUGGACCCAGCAGAACUGGAAUGA